GUUGAGAAGAAAUGGCAGGACACAAGGUUGCGCAUGCCACACUGAAAGGCCCGAGUGUUGUCAAGGAAUUAGUUAUUGGUUUGGCACUUGGUUUAGCUGCUGGUGGUCUCUGGAAGAUGCACCAUUGGAAUGAGCAGAGGAAAACCAGAUCUUUCUAUGAUUUGCUUGAGAGAGGUGAGAUCAGUGUUGUCGCCGCUGAAGAGUGAAUGAGACUGCCUCUACUCGCUCUCACUCUUAUUGUUGUUGGCUCGAUUUUUCUUGACUUUUCCUUCAUUAGGAUGAGUAUUGAGAUGGCUGCAAAGUUUUUCUUGACUUUUCCUUCAUUAGGAUGGCUGCAAAGUUUCAACGUUCAAAUACUAAUAAGAAUACUGAGAUGUUUAUAAUUACAUACAAA